GCUUUGUUUACUUUUGAGAGGGAUGGGUGCUGGGAAACGGAAGUAAGCUCUUUGUUGAAAAAUGGAGUUUCGCUGGGGAAUGAACCUUUGAAAGUGAUAUAUUUAAUGGAAAAGUUGCUGAGCUGUUUGGUGUCGAGAUUUUACGUUAAUCAAAUCCUGAACAAUAGAAUCUCGGGAAGAACCUGCCCCAGGUGAUUUGACAAGAUGGGUGUGAAGCUAUUCAAGUGGUCAGCAGUGAUCAUAACAUGUGCUGCUCAGAAGGAGGCUACUGCUCUAACACAAGAGCUAGUGAUGCUGCAGCAGAAGGGUCACCUGUACGCCGACACGCUGUGUCUGGCAGUGCCCGACCCGUCGCCGGAGCUGGGCAGCGGAGGGGUGACGCUCAACGCGCUGCUGGUGGCCGCUGAGCACCUCAGCGCUGCCGCCGGACACACCGCGCUGAACCCUGACCUGCUGCGCGGCGGCAGUCUGCUGAUGCUACACAUGGGCCGACGGUAUGUAUACGAGCCCGGCGGUAAGGGAUUCGUCACUCUGGGCUGCCAGCAGGACGUCAAGGGCGGCGGCGUCAUCAACAACAACCUGCUGCACAUCAUACACAUCUGCUCAGAGCUGGCGUCCCGCUCCCCGGCCGGUGUGUGGGUGGCCAACACGGACAACUACCUACACGGUCGUCUGUCGGAGCUCAGCGCGGUCCGGGUGCCCGCCGACUGUCACGCGGCUCUGGUCUCCGUGGCCGCCUCUCCCGAGUACGCCCAGAGCCAUGGCGUGAUGGAUGUGGCCGAGGAUGGUACUGUGAGACAGCUGCUCUACCAGGCCGACGUCAAGACGCUCAAGGCGAUGUCCUCCCAGCCGGAGCUGCACCUGGUGGCCGGUCUGGUGUACCUGUCUCCGCCGGUGGCAGUCAGUCUGCUCAGUCUGCACGUGGUGGCUCCUCUGGACGGCUGCACCUACAUGGGCGUGGACAGCGGCGUCUCAUCGCUGCAGAUGUCGCUGUACUUUGACAUGCUGGUGGCGAUGGCGGCCAAUGUCACGGAGGAAGAGUUCUGCUCGGGUCUCUGCGGCAAGACGUACCACCUGAGCAGUCGUCUGACUCAGGCCACCAAAGACCGGAUGCGCGUGGCCAGGGCCCUGGUGUGGACUGAGCUGCGCCGGUACCGCCUCCGCGCGCUCCGUCUGCCCGGCUUCACCCACACCUACCUGACGGACCGCCUGCCGCUGGCUGACAACCUCAUCCAGCGCUACAGCGACGAGCCGCUCCACUUCCACUGCUACAUCGCCCAGAAGGACCCGGCCCAGCCGCGGCUGUCGCGCACCUUCGAGAAAAAAGACGGACACGGACAGCACAAAUACCACAAACACGAUAGGCGCGGUCGGCAUGACCUACAGCAGAACGAGUGGAGUGACACGACGGUCAUCAACUCCAAGCUGACGUACGAGGUAAAGGGCGGUGACGAGAGCGGCGGCGACGGCAGCACCGUCAUGAACAGCAACAUAAAGUGCGGCCUGCUGGCGCUGGGCAAGAACGUCUACAUCUCGGGCAUCUACCUGCAGAGGAUCAAGGCGCUGAUUCUGCAGGACAACCUGGCACUGAUCGGCUACCAGGACUUUAAGAUCCACCGUGAAGACCGCUGUGUCUACCCGCCCUGCCACGGCCUGACGUACGCCUGUGCGCUGUUCGGCACCGGUGACCAGCUGUUCCUGCCGCAUACCGACCCGUGCGCCACCUACCUCAACCGGCCCUGGAGGGAGUUCUUCAAACGGAAGGCGGUCACACCGGAGGAUAUCUGGAGCAGCGACCUACCGGCCAGCCGUCGCACGCUGUACGAGGCCCGCCUGUUCCCGCUGCUCAGCUCGCCGGACCACUGGACGGCGCUGAUGGUCCUGCAGGACAUUGACCUGUGCUGCGGCCCGGCUCACAAAUGGUUCAGGGAGUACCGGCCCGAGAGCUGGUCGGCCGUCACCAGAUACUCCAUCAGGGACUUUGUGCACGGCGUGGUUCCCGUGGAGGAGUACAUUCUGGGUAGGGAGUGUUUCUGGAGGAUCGUCCGCAAACACAUCGUGGAGAACCAGCGGCCGCCCAACGGAGACUCGUUCCUGCCCUACUUUGUCGCCGCCAAGGGAGAGCGCACGCCGCGCGUGGAGCACAUGCUGCUGGAGGCUCUGGACUGGGCGGCUGCCGCUGCCGAGCCGGGGGACGCAGCGCGACUGCUGGCGGCCCAGGCAGACCUGCUGGGGGUAAUGGCUGCGGGACGGGGUGGUCUGCGCAGCGGGCCGGCCGGGAACGCCGCCUGGCAGCCGGCGCUGCACGCCCUCGAGCACGAGUCGAUCGGAGCCGGCGUGAACCGCCUGGCCGAGGUGCGCCGCGACUGGCUCGGCUCCCCGGACCGUCUGAUCCGUGCGGCGCGCCACUACGAGCGCGCCGCCCAGACGCUGGUCCGACUCAGUGUGAUGAGAGUGAUGGACCAGGUGGAGCUGUGCCGAGCGGACCGGCCACAGCCGGGGGUCUGGGUGACGGCCCGCUGCCCGGCGCGAGCUGAUAUCGCCGGCGGCUGGAGCGACACUCCACCCAUCUGUUACGAGAUGGGCGGACUGGUGGUCGACCUGGCCAUCACCGUGGACGGCGUCAAGCCGAUCGGAGCGCGGGCACGGCGCACCGCCGACCCCGCGACGGGAGUACGGCUCAAACUGUGCGGACCGCACGGCGAUCAGGUUCUGGAGCUGACGUCUCUCGACUCUAUACGAGACUACACAAGUCCGGCGGCGCCCGGUCAGCUGCUCAAGUGUGCCCUGAUCGUCACAAACAUCAUCAGUCUGGAGAGCGAUACGCCGCUGGCCGAACAACUCAAACAGACUGUCGGCGGCGGUCUGGAGGUGGAGACGUGGUCCCGACUGCCCCAGGGCUCUGGGAUGGGGGCCAGCAGUAUUCUGGCCGCCGCACUGGUCAGCGUCCUAUGGACUGUCUCAGGGAGCGGAUACAGCAAGAACGACGUCAUACAUGCGACACUGUACCUGGAGCAGGUGGCCACCACGGGCGGCGGCUGGCAGGACAUUGCCGGCGGCGUCACCGGAGGCGUCAUCGUCUGCUCGUCACCCGGACAGGAGCGGCACCUGCCGUUCGCCGUCGGUGCCGAGUGGGUCCCGGUGCCGUCCUCCCUACCGGACACCCUGGCCCGUCACUGCCUGCUCGUGUUUACGGGCCGAGUGCGGCUGGCCAGGAACCUCCUUCAGACGGUCGUACGUAACUGGUACGCCCGGGAGCCGCGGCUGGUGGCGACCUUCAGGAAACUGGUGGAGACGGCUCGGCAGAUGUGCGCCGCGCUGGCUGACGGGGACCUGGAGGCGAUCGGUAAGAAGAUGAGCGCCUACAACAGCCAGAAGAGCGAGCUGACGCCGUCGGCGCUGCCCGAGGUGGUGCAGAAAAUCCUCGCCGCGCUGCGGCCUCUGCUGCUCGGAGCGACCAUCAUGGGCGCGGGCGGCGGCGGCUUCCUGCUGGUGCUCACCCGUCAGCCGGACCAGGCGGAGGCGGUGCGCGCCGCUCUGGAGGCCCUCGACAUGCCCGAGGAGCGACUGUCCGUGCACACGCCGGCCCUGGACCGACACGGGCUGGAGGUCACCGUCGGUGACGCCGUGCUGCCGCUCAGACAGCAGUUUACCAACUUCGCCUCGGCGCACACUGGGAACGACUAGGUACCGGGCGGAGCUCCGAGAAACGUCAGACCCUGAGAACUGCCGGUUCGGUGCUCAUGGGAGACAGUCAGCCCAGCGAAUUUACCACAGGCCACUAAGCGCAUCUACGGAACGCACGAUUCGCUACAUGCUUGCCCAGCGGUCUUGGUUACAUCGGCCUGACUAGUGACCGGGCCAAACUCCUGGAGAUCGUAGCCCCCAGAGGAGCUUUGUUGUACCGGGAUGGGGUUUUGUAGACGCUAGAAGAUCGCUAGAUAGGCACCAGUGAGGGUGCGAACGGCUUGCCAGCGCUUAUCGCACGAAAUAGAUGCUAGUGGUGCUACCUUUGUCGUUUGAUAUAUUUUUAGACCCAUAGAGUAUUGUGAGUUGUUAUUGGGUGAUUUUUACAGAGUGCGUCAAUUGUAAAGCGAGGUAAUCCUAUCCGAAAGAAGGCGUUUCGAGUGAGUUGGGCGGAAAGAGGAUGAUAGGCUCGGCAUUUAGCCGUCAGAGAGGCAAUCGAUAUAUUUUGCGCACGACAAAUUCAUCCUGUGAUGUGUGAAGUGCCAUUACGGUCUAGUGUUGUUUGGGGUUGUGUUUAAACACUGACGCUGCGACGGUGUCCGCUAGCGCGCGGGCGGCCCUCCAGCGCAGUUUUAUACAGUUACCGUGUGCUGUGUGUCUGCAUGUUAACUAUCCCCACACAGGUCACCUAGUGAUCCCGGCGCGCCAGUGUCGGCGCUGUUCCCUGUUUGUGUGCAGUGCGCCGACCCAACUAAUCCCACGGCGGCCCGCACCGCGACACGGGUAAAUGUUUGAGGCUGAGCGUUCCGAGACGCCGUCACUGUCGCAGAGCGCACGCGCUGUCCCGUGCUACAAUGUGUGACCAAAGCACCCGUACGGCCGCCUCGGGGCGGCGCUAACCACCGCGGCUGCAAACCAUGUGCUGUGUGAAACACAUAAAUUUGAUACUGCUGCAGUCACA